UUAGAUCUACAUGGCCAGUGGCGUGGUGACUACAGUGGACUGCGAGAAACAAGUUAGAUCAUGGAGGCUGCUACGUUCUCUCAUGCAUCUACUAAUUCCCACGUGCAACUGCGCCACCAUUAUAGAAGAAGAACACCAAGCUGUAACACCAUCAAACGUGUGUCUCCAAAACCCCACCAAAUAUCAUUCACCAUCACUGACAAAUUCAACUACCAUUACAGGCACCAUAUUCGGAUACCGCAGAGGCAAGGUGAGUUUUUGCAUUCAGGCAAACGCCAGCUCCACCAACCCAAUUCUUCUGCUAGAGUUGGCAGUUCCUACAACCAUCUUAGCCAAGGAAAUGAGAGAAGGGUCUCUCAGAAUUGCACUAGAGUGCGAUGAUAAUGAUAAUAAUAAUGAUGAUGAAAACGCAAACGCUCUUUUGUCAACGCCUUUGUGGACAAUGUACUGCAAUGGGAGGAAGGUGGGGUAUGCCGUUAAGCGCAGGCCCUCGAAAACUGAUUUUGAAGCAUUAAGAUUGAUGCGUUCGGUUGUUGAGGGAACUGGGGUGAUGAACUGCAAGGAUUUCGUGCAUAAAGAAGAUGAUCAACUUAUGUACCUUAGAGCAAACUUUCAGAGAGUUCGUGGCUCAGCUAACUCUGAAUCUUUCCAUUUGAUUGAUCCAGAGGGAGACAUUGAUCAGGAGCUUAGUAUUUUCUUUUUUCGGUCCAGGUGACCUUUUGUUUUUAUUUUAUUAUUUUCUUUCUUUCCACCACUUU